AUGAGAACUCAGCACAGCAGAGGAACAAAGUCGAGGCACCGCACGCCUGCACAGCUAGAGAGGAAGCGGGCCCUGAACAAGGCAAGACGAAGGCUCAAGAGGCAUGAAGAAACUGCAGAGGUGCAGGAGAUGCUGCAGGAGCUGCGAAGCUUACGUACAGAGAACCAAUCCCUUCAUGCCUCCAUCCAAAGCCUGCGUCACUCACUUAACACCGGCGACUUGACUCAUUGCUGUUCACUCCAGAUUGCCGAUGAGAAGGACCUUUGCCAGGACUUGCAGGGUAUCUGUCCAGGGCCCUGUCCUCCUACCCCUUUGCGGUUUGCUGCUGACACCUCUGGCUCACUACUAGACAAUUUUUGCGGAUCAGAGUCCAUAAUGCUACACGCUGCAUCCCCUAAAUAUCCUCGCCAUCAGACCCCUGUAGCUCCCUCUCAGCCACCCCGCAGCGUAUCCGGGAGUGUUAUGUCACUACUUUUCAGUUCUCCGUCGCCUUCAGAUAUGCGAGGAAGCCAUACUGAGUGCGUUUGCAGACCUGCAUGUCAUGCCUGCUUUGAAGAAUGCUUUGAGGAGACAUUCUAUGGUGUACUAAUAGGGGCACAAUAUCCAACGUGUAAGGUUGGGCAACCGCCGCCAAUUCCCGCCAGCCCUCUCCUCUCGGACCUGCUCUUUCUGGACGAGGGCAAGAAUCCCGUGACCAAGAUUCUGAACAGAGUAUUGAGGUCACCACGGAUAUCCAAUGUCAAAUUAAGCGUCUUGUUUGGCUGUUAUAUCAUCUUCUACAAGCUACUUCGGACAUGUAACGAGAUGAAAGCUGAGCAUCUUUCAAUGCAGUAUCGUCUCUUUCCUUCACUCGAGACAUUCAAUGAUGUGCCAAAGUGGCUCCGACCAACCGAUGCUCAAAUCAACCAUCCACUUCCAAUCUUUAUUGACUUCAUUUUCUUUCCCCAGCUCCGCAACGCUAUGGCCUGUGGCAAGAUAGAUUACGUGGCAGCGGAAUUUGUGGAGCAUUACAAUGGCGCGAUAAACAGCAGCUGGCCAAACGAGAAAAGCUUGAUUGUUGCCGGAGAAGCCAACGACGUGAUUCUAGAUUCGAGCUUUGAGGCACAUGCAUUAAAUCUGAACAGUUGGACAUCAGAUCCGGUAUUUGUUGAAAGAUGUCCUAGCCUAGCACAUUUAGUGGAUAUUAAAUACUAG